AUGGGCUGCCAUUCCACCCUGGUAAAUUACCCCCAAGUGGUGGCGGUCGACACACUCAAGGCGGGCCCAGCGGCCACCGCGGUGGAAAACGCCACGACAAAGGCGGCGGACGUGGUGGAGGAACCGCUACGCAUCCAGCGGCCCACCCGGUUACGCUCCCAGCUGCCGUCAAGGCUACGCCAGUUUCAACUACAGUACGGCGAUUAUCGCGACGAUCAAUGCGGCCAUAGCCCGUUUCGUCAGUCCGACUCCGCUACCGCAGACACUCAGGCGACCGUUACCGCGACUACUAUCGCGAAGACCGCAGGUCUUACCGCGCCAACUAAGACGACCGGCGCUACCGCAGCCGCAGCUAUUCCAUGUACGACGACCGGCGCCAUCGUAGCCGCAGCGACAGUACGCCUCCAGCCGACCAAGGCUACGCCCAACCGGCAUCCACCCCCCUGCGCAGCCAAAGCCGCAACGCGUCGCGCGGCUCUACGCCUGACGGCCACCAACUCCACGUCAUCGGCCGUGGCACAGUACGACUCGAGGUCGCUGGCACCAACGAUAACACAUUAG